GACAAAACGUCAAAACCUAUGUUUACCUUUCAAAUUAAAAUGAUUUGAAUUAUCUAUUCAUUAUCUGGUUUAGAUAUCUUUUUAAAAUUAUCUACAGUCAAUUUCUGAACUAUGAAUGGAGUAACUCUUGAUUUUUGAAACUAUGAAGCGUUUAAUAACUAAAAGUUUUCAGCUCGUGACUUCUCCACGAAAUUUUUUUAGGGAACAGGUAAAAUUACCUCUCGCGAAAUUCGUUUAUGAUACUGUCGAUUUAUAUAAAUCACGGACGAAGACAGGGGUUAAUAAUAUUCGGGAGGUAUUGUUGAGGGGAUCGAUUGUUGCAUUGUUGACUGCUUUAAUUGUAUGGCUCUCAAUAUUUAUGUAUGUAGCAUUUUAUUAUGUUUAUGUACCCACCAUAACACACGAAAAACCUGUGUAUCUUACGUUUAGGCCUUGUGAAAAAUGGGACGUACACAAGGGUAUAUGCAGUUUUCCUUCAGGAAGUGUUCACUUCAAUCAGAAGCAGCAGUCUCUUAUGGGGGGUCAACCCUAUAAGGUUUUCCUUGAGCUUGAAAUGCCAGAAUCUCCCACCAACAAAGAUCUGGGGAUGUUUAUGGUUUGUGCAGAUUUUCAUAGUACUGAUGGUCGGCUAAUCACAAACUCCUGCAGGUCUGCUAUGCUUCCAUAUCGUAGUGUGUUGUUGGAUUUUCUGUUCAAAAUAAUUAUGAGUCCCUUCUAUAUGGUCAGACAUUUCGAAGAGAAACAGAAAGUUUAUAUUGAACUUUUCUCUAGUUAUUUAGAACCAGAGGGUCAAAAAGUAACUGACAUUCACAUCGAAGUACAGACUAAACACAUAGAAAUAUACUCGGCUAAAUUCACUAUCAGUGCAAAUUUUUCUGGCUUGAGAUAUGUGAUGUUUCAUUGGCCUAUAUUAUCUGCUGCUAUUGGUAUCACCUCUAACUUAUUCUUUAUUGCGAUUGUGAGUAUGAUAAGUUGGUACCAAAUCAUCAAUUCAGAGGAAUAUUUGGAGUACCUGAAAGCUCAAGACAAGGGUGGAAAGGUUAUGGAGAGUCGUCGACAAUACAUUCUGAACCAGGAAACGUCUUCAUCUGAAGAAGAAGAAGUCUCUCUUAUUGGUACAGAGGAGUUAGAAGGACUGAAAAAAAGGAAAGGAAGCACAUCUGAAUGUUAAGUUUUUUCUUGAAACAACUACUCAGUUCCUUAUAUCUUUAUAUUACUAUGAAUUUAAUAUAGCCAAAGAUUUAUUUUUUUAUUGUGUUAAAUCUUGUUGUAGUUUUCCAUAUUUUAUUUUAUGCAGCAUUUUGCUUGGUCUCAAUGCUGUUCAAAAAUGAUACAGAACAGAAAGCUAUAUUUUUCUGAGUUACCUCCACAUAGAUCUAACUUUGAAAUAUGUAAUAAAAAUACAGCUUUUGUGGUUGGACGUAUAUUUUAUUAUUAGUUACAUUCAUCUUAACAUUUAAGCUUGAUCUAUCAACAGAUUUAUACAUGUAAAAACUGGAACCAAUAUAAAACUAUACAUUUA